UCAUGCUGCUGCAGGUCCAGAGUCUCUCAUGGGUCCCUGUACGGGACCUCCCAUUGCUGCUGUCUCCAUCGCCACACUCUGCCAUGUGCCACUUUCAGGUCUCCUCACACUGCUGGUGUGUUCCAUUUUUUGUCAUAGGGUGCUAGCAGAUUACGGGCCUCCCAUAGCUGCUGCCAGGCCCCUAAUCUGCCAUGGGCCCCUAUACCGCCUCCUCAUGCUGCUGCCAAGUCCAGAGUCUUUCAUGGGUCCCUGUACGGCCUCCCAUUGCUGCUGUCUCCAUCGCCACACUCUGCCAUGUGCCACUUUCAGGUCUCCUCACACUGCUGGUGGGUUCCAUUUUUUG